AUGCUUUUCUCCAAGUCUUUGCUGCUGGCAGCUCUUUCCAGCAGCGCUUUCGCUGCCCGCCUGGAAGGUCAUGCUCGUCGCCAGGCCGUCACCACUACGACCGUGACCGAGCUCAUCACCAUCACUGCCUGUCCUUGUUCCGAAACCUCCACCCCAGCGUGGACCUCUUCGUCCGUGGUAGCCACCACCACCCCCGAGCUCUCCACAACCGAGACUCCCACUUCCACUCCCGUGCCGACCACCUCGGCUGUGCCGACUACUUCCACGGUCGAGUCUACUUCCAGCUCCAUCGUAGCAGUGACCACCUCGUACUCGACCAUCGAGGCCGUGACAUCCACUUCCACCAUCGAGGCUUCGUCCUCCACCUCCGCCUCCAGCAUCGAGGCCUCCUCCACCUCCGCCGUGGCCUCCACCACCUCCUCCAGCUCCAGCUCCGCCUGGACAGAGGUGCCCUCCGACGGCGUCUACUCCACCACCGGCUUCGGCACCAUCACUAACUCCUCCGGCUCCGGCGACACCUACACCGGCAACGUCGGCAGCCCCUACGGCAGCAACAUCAUCACCGUCUCCGAGUCCGAGGCCAGCUCGUACAAGUACGUCGUCCAGUUCACCGGCUCCAACACCGACGACUGGAAGGUCGUUAUCUGGAACAAGUAUAGUUCCGACGGCACCAUGGACGGCUGGUACGGUAAUGCCUGCCACACUUUCACCCUCGCUGCCGGCGAUACCGUCUACUACGCUUUCGACACUGACUCCCAGGGUGGUUGGACUGCCGCCAAGGGCUCGACUAUCCCCACUGAUGACUACGGCGGUUACGCCUCCACCUGGGGUGAGUUCGACUUCGGCUCCACUGUCAACUCGGGCUGGUCUGGCUUCGAUGUCUCGGCCAUUAUGGCCCAGGAUGCCGAUCUGUCGGUCCAGGGUAUGAGCAUCUGUGAUGCUUACAACUCUGAUGCUACUUGCUCGUCUAUUACGACUGGCGCCGGCACCGUUUCCAACGCUUACACUUCUGCUGAGACUGAUGUCGGUGGUAUCGGUGGUAACCUUUCUGCUGGACCUGUUCGUCUGGCUGUUGUCAUCGACUACGAUGCUUAA